CCAGUUUCAACCCUCUUCUCUUUCGCUCCUCGUCAAGUUCUCUUAAACACUCCAACCAUGAAGCACGGUGCCGACAACGGAACCAUAAUCUCGGAACAGAAAGUGAAGUUUCUUCUUCAUCAAUCUAUUGCUCUUUACUUUGAACACUCCGGCUUCUCCAAAACCCUAAAAAAGUUUAUAUCUGAAGCGAAAAUUGAGAAAGAUAAUACAGAGGGUUCGUCAGUUGAUCUAGAAGAAAUGUGCCGCAAAUUUCUUGAAACAUGUAAUGAUGCUAAGUCAACUAUCAAUGGCCAAAAGGAGCAAGGCGUGCACUCCAAAAAUGAAGAGAAAAAGAAAAGCAAAUUAGUUUCUGAAGCUGCUGAUAACAUGGAAGAUAACCAAUUGGAGUCACUGCCUAUGGUUCCAGAAAAUAAAGUUAAGGAUGAUUUAUCUACUGAUGCCAAAGUUGAAAAUGGUGCUGAAACAGAGAAGCAGUCCAAACGUAAAACGAAAAAGAAAGAUGCCAAAGUCGAAAAUGGAGCGGAGACAGAGAAGAGGUCCAAACACACAAUGAAAAAGAAAGAUAAGUCAAAAAGGGAAGGCGAUGCAAAAGAGCAGAUUGAAGAUACCAAUGCAAUUGUUUCAGAAAAGGAGAAUUUUGAGGCAUCAAACGAAGAGGCAACACCUGAGGUGAAGAAAGAUUCUAAGAAAAGAAAAAGGCCAAUUUCUAAAGAAAAUGGUGAACAAGAUACCGAAAUCAAGGCAGAUGAAGAAACCAAGCGUAGGAAAAUAGAAAAUUUGAAUGGAGAAACAAAUGUGCACUUAAUGUCCCAGAUGGGUAUGUCAAGUACACUAGACACAUUUUGUGGUCAAGCAUAUGGAGCAAAACAAUAUCAUAUGGUUGGAAUAUAUACACAGAGAGCUAUGUUGGUUAUCUGUUAGUUUACCCUUAUCAAUUAUUUGGGCAAUUCUACAUCAAGAUAAAGAUAUUGCAGCAGAACUUAUUGGAAGCACAAGAUUGGUUAAAAACCUUAAUUGAACUAGAAUAAACCUAGGGAGGACGAAAAUGACCUAAAUGUUCAUCGAAUGACACAAAUGAACUUAUUGCAUAAGCUCAACUAUUUGCUCGUUAUGCAAUCACAAGCCUUUUUGCCAAUGACAUUUUUUGGUGCAUGGUUAAAUUCCUACAAACCCAAAACAUAGUUUUUUCUAUGGUGUUGGCUAAUGGACUCAUCAAUAUAAUACAUGUCCUUCUAUCUUGGGCUUUUGUUUUACAUUUUGGGCUUGGUAUAAAAGGAGCUGCUAUUGCAAUUUGUGUCUCAAAUUGGGUUAAUGUGCUACUAUUGCUACUUUACAUCAAGUUCUCCUCUUCAUGUAAAAAGACUUGGGUUAGUUUAUAUUAACAUCUUCAGCUAACACCAUAAACACAAACAAUGCAACACAAACAAAGUGUACAUUUGUGUUCCUCGUCAUCAAACUUGCUUUCCCUUCAACAGUCAUGUUUAGAAUCAUGGACAUUUGAAGUAAUGGUGUUUCUGUCUGGUGCUCUUCCCAAUCCAACACUGCAAACUUCGGCACUUUCUAUAUGGAUUACCCAUAAGUUUGUCACGAGUGGAGCCUGGAACAACUGCCACGCGUACAUAGUACGCUCCUUUGAAAAAUUAUGCUUCAUUAGUCUUAUGAGAAGCAAAUGCUGCAUGUAUUCCAUUUUCAAAUAUAGUGCCACGGAAACAUAACUUACAAAUGACCACUCUCAUAUUUGUUGGACAUUUGAAUCAAGAGUUGCUUCUUGCUGGUGCUUCUUUGGCUCUUUCAAUUAUCAAUGUCGCUGGUUUCAAUGUAUUGAUGGGUAUGUCAAGUGCACUAGACACAUUUUGUGGUCAAGCAUAUGAAGCAAAACAAUAUCAUAUGGUUGGAAUAUAUACACAGAGAGCUAUGUUGGUUAUCACACUUGUUAGUUUACCCUUAUCAAUUAUUUGGGCAAUUCUACAUCAAGACAAAGAUAUUGCAGCAGAACUUAUUGGAAGCACAAGAUUGGUUAAAAACCUUAAUUGAACUAGAAUAAACCUAGAGAUGGAAAAUGACCUAAAUGUUCAUCGAAUGACACAAAUGAACUUAUUGCAUAAGCUCAAUUAUUUGCUCGUUAUGCAAUCCCAAGCCUUUUUGCCAAUGGCAUUUUUAGGUGCAUUGUUAAAUUCCUACAAACCCAAAACAUAGUUUUUUCUAUGGUGUUGGCUAAUGGACUCACCAAUAUAAUACAUGUCCUUCUAUCUUGGGCUUUUGUUUUACAUUUUGGGUUUGGUAUAAAAGGAGCUGCUAUUGCAAUUUGUGUCUCAAAUUGGGUUAAUGUGCUACUAUUGCUACUUUACAUCAAGUUCUCCUCUUCAUGUAAAAAGACUUGGGUUAGUUUAUAUUAACAUCUUCAGCUAACACCAUAAACACAAACAAUGCAACACAAACAAAGUGUACACUUGUGUUCCUCGUCAUCAAACUUGUUUUCCCUUCAACAGUCAUGGUUUGUUUAGAAUCAUGGACAUUUGAAGUAAUGGUGUUUCUGUCUGGUGCUCUUCCCAAUCCUGCACUGCAAACUUCGGCACUUUCUAUAUGCAUUAAUGUACUUGGUUCCUUUUGGAUGAUACCAUUUGGAGUUAGUGUUGCUGAAAGUACAAGAAUCUCAAAUGAAUUAGGAGUUGGAUAUCCAAAUGCUGCAUAUGUAGCUGUUUUAGUGACCUUAAUGAUGGCCUUGACAUGUGGAGUUGUAGACCUUGACAUGUGGAGUUGUAGAGUUUGCUUUGAUUAUUUCGGUAUGGAAAGUGUGGGGCAAGGCUUUUAGCAAUGUACAUCAAGUAGUUUCAUAUGUGUCUUCCAUGACACCUGUUCUUGCAAUUGCUGUCUUUGUAGAUGCAUUUCAAACAACACUUCAAGGUGUUGCGAGAGGAUGUGGUUGGCAGAAGCUUGGUGCAUAUGUUAAUCUAGGAUCUUUUUAUCUUGUGGGAAUUCCUCUUUCCGCUUUAUUAACUUUUGUUUUCCACAUGAACAGUCAAGGGCUCUUUUUAGGUCUUGUAACAACACUUGUUGUGCAAGUUGUGUGUUUUCUUUUUGUCACUUGGCGCACUGAUUGGGAGAAAGAAGUAAAUAAAGCAGCAAUAAGAGUAUGAGGCACUGGAGUCCAAGAUAAUACGCUUCCACUUCUCGUAUAGUUGAAGAAUUUUUAUUAGAAUUUUAUUUAUAGAAACUUUGUGAGAAAUGGGAAUUGGAUACAAAACUUAAUUUUUAGUAUUUUAGAGAUAACAUAGGUAUUAAGAAACGAUAAAGUUAGAUUAAUCUAUAUUAUUUUAUCCUUAA